GGGAACUGGGGGGCCGAACUGCGUAGAAGAGGGUGGCGGGGAGGAGAUCGCUAAGUGGGAAGCGGAACCUGGGGCCUGGGACCCGUCGCGGCAGAGCCAGAUUUGCAGCGUCUUUGAGCUGGUACCACAAAAAAAAACCCCGCGAAGCACGCCUUGGCACCCAGAGACAAUCCCACUCCCUCCCAGAGACACAGCUGGGCGCGUCCACACCCCCGCAUCCCAUACACCAUGUUGUGCGGAAGGACUUCUACUCCCAGCCUGUGUCGUUGAUGUCAGACCCCAGGCCAGCCUCAGGGCGCUGCAGUUCUCCUGGCUAAUGCUGUGGCUGUGGCGAGGGCUUUAGUAAAUAAGCCAGCCGUCUCUGCCGCCGCCGCCCCCCUCCCCGCCGGCCUCAGCGCCCACAGUCUGCAUGUGUGUGUGGUAGCCGGCUGCCCAUCCUGCCGCCCGUGUUUCCCUGGAGCUCUGGAGACCACCGCGGGUUCUUUCUCUGCCGGUGGGAGAAGUGGCCUUGGAGGAAUUGAUUUCGGUGUUGGAUUUUUCUCGUGGAUCUAUCAAUUGACAAUUCGAAUUUGGAAGAAAGAAGGAAAACAUGACGUCCCCAGCCAAAUUCAAAAAGGAUAAGGAGAUCAUCGCAGAGUACGAUACUCAGGUCAAAGAGAUCCGGGCUCAGCUCACAGAGCAGAUGAAAUGCCUAGACCAGCAGUGUGAACUCCGGGUACAGCUGUUGCAGGACCUGCAAGACUUCUUCCGAAAGAAAGCUGAGAUUGAAAUGGAUUAUUCUCGAAACCUGGAGAAGCUAGCUGAGCGCUUUCUAGCCAAGACACGAAGCACCAAGGACCAGCAAUUUAAGAAGGACCAGAAUGUUCUCUCUCCAGUAAACUGCUGGAACCUCCUCUUAAACCAGGUGAAGCGGGAGAGCAGGGAUCAUACCACCCUGAGUGACAUCUACCUGAAUAAUAUAAUUCCUCGAUUUGUUCAAGUCAGCGAGGACUCAGGAAGACUCUUUAAAAAGAGUAAAGAAGUUGGCCAACAGCUCCAAGAUGAUUUGAUGAAGGUCCUGAACGAGCUUUAUUCGGUCAUGAAAACAUACCACAUGUACAAUGCUGACAGUAUCAGUGCUCAGAGCAAACUAAAAGAAGCAGAGAAGCAAGAAGAGAAGCAAAUUGGUAAAUCAGUGAAGCAAGAGGACCGGCAGACACCCCGCUCCCCUGAUUCCACUGCCAAUGUCCGCAUUGAGGAGAAACAUGUCCGGAGGAGCUCUGUGAAGAAGAUUGAGAAGAUGAAGGAGAAGCGACAAGCCAAGUACACAGAGAAUAAGCUGAAGGCCAUUAAAGCCCGGAAUGAGUACUUACUGGCUUUGGAGGCAACCAAUGCAUCUGUCUUCAAGUACUAUAUCCAUGACCUGUCUGAUAUUAUCGAUCAGUGUUGUGACCUAGGCUACCACGCUAGCCUGAACCGGGCCCUGCGUACUUUCUUGUCUGCUGAAUUAAAUCUGGAGCAAUCAAAGCAUGAGGGUCUGGAUGCUAUUGAAAAUGCAGUAGAAAACCUAGAUGCCACCAGUGACAAGCAGCGACUCAUGGAGAUGUACAACAAUGUUUUCUGCCCCCCUAUGAAAUUUGAAUUCCAGCCCCACAUGGGAGAUAUGGCCUCUCAGCUCUGUGCCCAGCAGCCAGUCCAGAGUGAGCUAGUGCAGAGAUGCCAACAACUGCAGUCUCGCUUAUCCACUUUGAAGAUUGAGAAUGAAGAGGUGAAAAAGACAAUGGAGGCUACCCUGCAGACCAUUCAAGACAUCGUGACUGUUGAGGAUUUUGAUGUGUCUGACUGCUUCCAGUACAGCAAUUCUAUGGAGUCUGUAAAGUCAACAGUCUCAGAAACUUUCAUGAGCAAGCCCAGCAUUGCUAAGAGGAGAGCUAACCAGCAAGAGACGGAACAAUUUUAUUUCACGAAAAUGAAGGAGUACUUGGAGGGUAGGAACCUAAUCACCAAGUUACAAGCGAAGCAUGACCUCCUGCAGAAAACCCUGGGAGAAAGUCAGAGGACAGACUGUAGUCUUGCCAGGCGUAGCUCAACCGUGAGGAAACAGGAUUCCAGCCAGGCAAUUCCUCUGGUGGUAGAAAGCUGCAUCCGGUUUAUUAGCAGACAUGGCCUGCAACAUGAAGGAAUUUUCCGAGUGUCUGGAUCACAAGUGGAAGUGAAUGACAUAAAAAACGCCUUUGAGAGAGGAGAGGACCCUCUGGCUGGGGACCAGAAUGACCAUGACAUGGACUCCAUAGCUGGUGUCCUCAAGCUUUACUUCCGGGGGCUGGAACACCCACUGUUCCCCAAGGACAUCUUCCAUGACUUGAUUUCCUGUGUCACAAUGGACAACCUGCAAGAGAGAGCUGUGCAUAUCCGGAAAGUCCUUCUGGUCCUGCCCAAACCCACUCUGAUUAUCAUGAGAUACCUCUUUGCCUUCCUUAAUCACUUAUCACAGUUCAGUGAAGAGAACAUGAUGGACCCCUACAACCUUGCCAUCUGCUUCGGGCCCUCACUGAUGUCAGUGCCAGAGGGCCACGACCAGGUGUCCUGUCAAGCCCACGUGAAUGAGCUGAUUAAAACCAUCAUCAUCCAACAUGAGAACAUUUUCCCCAGUCCCAGGGAGCUGGAGGGUCCCAUCUACAGCAGAGGAGGAAGCAUGGAGGAUUACUGUGACAGCACUCAUGGAGAGACUACCUCUGCUGAAGACUGUGCCCAGGAUGUGACAGCAGAGCACCACACGAGUGAUGACGAAUGUGAGCCCAUUGAGGCCAUCGCCAAGUUUGACUACGUAGGCAGGACAGCCAGGGAGCUGUCUUUCAAGAAGGGAGCAUCCCUGCUGCUCUACCAGCGAGCUUCUGACGAUUGGUGGGAAGGCCGGCACAAUGGCAUAGACGGACUCAUCCCCCAUCAGUACAUCGUCGUCCAGGACACCGAGGACGGUGUCGUGGAGAGGUCCAGCCCCAAGUCUGAGAUUGAGGUCAUGUCUGAGCCACCUGAAGAAAAGGUGACAGCCAGAACAGGGGCCAGCUGUCCCAGUGGGGGUCAUGUAGCUGAUAUUUAUCUUGCAAACAUCAACAAGCAAAGGAAGCGUCCAGAAUCUGGGAGCAUCAGAAAAACAUUUCGGAGUGACAGCCAUGGGCUGGGCAGUUCUCUGACUGACUCCUCCUCCCCGGGGGUGGGGGCUAGCUGCCGUCCAUCCUCUCAGCCCAUCAUGAGCCAGAAUCUCCCCAAGGAAGGGCCUGAUAAGUGUUCCAUCAGCGGCCAUGGGAGCCUCAACUCUAUCAGCCGCCACUCAUCCCUGAAGAACAGGCUGGACAGUCCACAGAUCCGGAAGACUGCCACUGCGGGAAGGUCAAAAAGCUUCAAUAACCAUCGGCCCGUGGACCCUGAAGUCAUUGCACAGGAUAUUGAAGCAACAAUGAACUCUGCCCUGAAUGAGCUUCGAGAGCUAGAGCGGCAGAGCAGUGUUAAGCACACCCCUGAUGUGGUUCUGGACACCUUGGAACCUCUCAAGACCUCCCCAGUGGUAGCCCCCACAUCUGAGCCCUCUAGCCCCCUGCACACUCAGCUCCUCAAGGACCCUGAGCCUGCUUUUCAGCGCAGUGCCAGUACUGCCGGGGACAUUGCCUGCGCCUUCCGGCCUGUCAAGUCUGUCAAGAUGGCUGCUCCAGUCAAACCACCAGCCACACGGCCCAAGCCAACUGUCUUCCCCAAAACAAAUGCCACUAGCCCUGGUGUCAAUUCAUCAGCUUCCCCACAGUCCACUGACAAGUCUUGUACUGUCUAAGGGUUAUAACUUAAUUGUUCUAGACAAGGAGACUGACAUUAUUAAAAUCUUCCUAUUUAACUAGC